UGAAGAAAACCUCUGGAGCUGUCGUUCCCUCUCCGUCCAUUGGAGGCAGUGAGGAGCCGUGGCUGCUUUAAAUCAGCCGAGAUGCCACGAAGAGAAGAGUGAGAAGCGGCGCCAUGGCGGAAACAGAGCAACCAAAAGGAUCCAUACCCGAGGAUGAAGCACCUGAAGUCACCUUUAUGGUGCCCAAGAAAGAAAUCAGCGUGGUGCCUGACAUGAGUAAAUGGAAACGAUCACAAGCAUAUGCUGAUUAUAUGGGAUUCGUUUUGGCAUUGAAUGAAGGUGUGAAAGGAAAGAAGCUCUCAACUGAAUACACAGUGUCUGAGACGGUGGAGAAGUUAUUAGAUCUUUUGGAGACUCUGGACCGAUGGAUCAACGAGACCCCUCCUGUUGAUCAGCCGUCCCGCUUUGGUAACAAGGCCUACAGAACCUGGUACAGCAAACUAGACCAGGAAGCAGAGGCCUUGGUGUCAGCAUUGAUCCCUGCUGACAAAUGUGCAGCAGCUCCAGAGAUAGCCGUCUAUCUGAAAGAGUCUGUGGGGAACCCCACCAGGAUAGACUAUGGAACAGGUCAUGAAGCUGCGUUUGCUGCGUUCCUCUGCUGCCUCUGUAAGGUCGGAGCUCUCGGAGCGGAUGAUCGCCUCGCUAUUGUUUUUAGAGUUUUUAACAGGUAUCUGUCAGUGAUGAGGAAGCUGCAGAGGACGUACAGAAUGGAGCCAGCUGGAAGCCAAGGUGUGUGGGGACUGGAUGACUUCCAGUUUCUGCCCUUCAUAUGGGGCAGCUCCCAGUUCGUUGAUCACCCGACACUGGAGCCCCGUCACUUCAUCGACGAGCGGGUGGUGAACGAGCAUCAGCAAGAAUAUAUUUUUCUGGACUGUAUCAAGUUCAUUAACGAG